AUGUCAUUCAUUGAGGAAAUUGCCAGUCGCUUCUCGAAUUGGAUGACAUUUGUGCACUGCAUUGCCUGGCUAAGACGCUUUCACAGAACUCUGACACAAAGACUCAAGUCUUCAGUGGAAGCUGACAUGACAAGAAAAUGUUUGUGCAUUGAAGAAGUAUAUGAAGCUGAGAACAACAUUUGGAGGCUUGUACAAAAGGACUCAUUUGGUGCUGAAAUUAAGAUACUCUCAGGCAGUGAAGAAGCUCAUGUACGGUCCUCUAGCAAGUUGGUUAAGCUAAAGCCUUGCCUGAAGGAUGGACUACUUAGAGUGAGAGGACGACUCAUCCACUCUCCUAGUAGUAUUGAUGUCAAACAUCCAAUAAUUCUGCCAAGUAAAUCCAUGGCUGUGAAAUUAAUGGUGCAGUGGAAGCAUAAUAACUUAGCACACAGUGGCCACAAUUAUCUUAUGGCUGAGUUACGCCAAAGGUUCUGGAUUAUACAUGGCAAUGCAGUGGUACGCUCUGUCAUCCGGAAUUGUGUGAGGUGCAGAUCUCUCAGUGCUCGGCCAAUGAUCCAAGAGAUGGCUGAUCUACCCGAAGACCGCAUCACGUCAAAUGUACCUCCCUUCACACACACUGGGACCGACUGUUUUGGGCCCUUCCUAGUUAAGAAAGGCAGGUCAAAUUUGAAACGUUAUGGAGUCAUAUUCACCUGCUUGGUGACUAGAGCCAUCCACAUAGAAGUGGUGGAGUCAAUGGAAACUGAUUUCUAUAUUAAUGCUUUUAGAAGGUUCAUUGCCAGGCGAGGCCCGGUCACCUCCAUCCGGUCUGACAAUGGGACAAAUCUUGUGGGAGCUGAGAAGGAGCUUCGCAAAGAACUUGAGAAAUUGAAGCACUCUGUGAUUGCAGAGGUCAUGUUGCUCAAGGGUGUCACAUGGCAGUUCAAUCCUCCUCAUGCUUCGCACUUUGGCGGAGUAUGGGAACGCCAGAUUCGCACAAUUCGACGAGUACUCGUGGCCUGUGUCACCAGCAGGUCAUGA